CUUGCCUGAUUUGCAUUGGUGGAUCUGGUCAGAAUGUCAUCUCACUUUGGAGUUUUUGAGGCAUUCUAUUACACAGGCGAAGGAUGAUCUUCCGUUGCUUGAAUGACUUUUUGUCUGCUGCCAGAGCAGUAUCAGCACCUGCCCACUUUCUGAGUUUAUCCGCCACGUGUUGCUUGGAUUAUUACAUACCCCAGACUUGUCUUGUCGAACUUCUGUUUAGAUUUGUUUUAAUGGCUGGCUGGCUGGAUGGUGGGUCGACUAUUGGACACAUAAUCCUACAAAAAAAAGGCAUAAAAGGAGAAAAAUCCAUAAAAAAAUUUUUAUGUCAUUUUCUCUCACUAAUAUGGUCGCCGGCGUUCGUUUGUCUUUCCCUGUUGGUGGUUUCCAACACCCAUCUCUCCUCCAAGUCGGCUAGAAGCCCCCCAGCCCGUAUUCCCUGGGAUUUGAUCAGUGUUUAACUGCGUAGACUAAUGCGCUUUGCUAUACCGGGCCCAAGGGACCUACUAUAUACAUGCACGAGAUAUACGUGUUCAGGACUACAUAUUAUAGUUGCUAAUGCUACCACUAUGUGUUUACA